GCCAGGAGGCGGGACCGUAUCUUUUCAAGUGUCGCGUGCCCAAGUUGUCAGUGAGUGACGUGGGCCGAGCGGACGGAGUAGGCAUACCUGGGUGAAGCGGUUCCGUAAUCGAGUGACUAUGACUCGGGGAAACCAGCGUGAACUAGCCCGUCAAAAAAAUGCUAAAAAACAGAAUGAAACCAGCAAAGGUAAAAGACAGGAUGAUGGCUUAUCAGCAGCUGCAAGAAAGCAAAGGGAUGCACAGAUAAUGCAGCAAAAACAGAAAAUGGCAAAUGAGAAAUCGACAGAAAAGCCGAAGUAGAGCUGUCAAGAGCUGUUAAUGAUUGACAGAACUUCACUGCUUGAUUUACAAGGAAAAAGAGCCGGUCUUUUUAUUAGUUGCUUUUCUGUCACAAAAACUCAUUUUGUUUUGGUGAAGUUCUAAAGUCGUUAAUGUACACUGUCUUAAUGGUGCAUUUUAAUGCUAUGUAACUUUCAAAAGGAUCUCUUUGUAGUGUUGACUGGACCCCUUGGGUGCUGCAAACAUGAUUCUUACUCUGCUCAACAUGCAUGAGCUUCAUUCAUCCGAGCAGUAUUUUACAGUGUAAAAGGAAAGCAAAGUCUCUUGUAUGGAGCUAUAUUUUCCUGUAUUUUUGUAUGUAUGUUUACCCUCCACUUAAUAAAAUGGUAGUUUUUUUUUUCCUUUUUUUAAGACACAAUUGAGAUACAUAAUCUCCUUAGGAAACCUGCUUGUGUGAUUAAAAUUAAAGGAACAAAUGUACAGUAUCAGCGGACACUCUUAGGAAUUCCUUUUUUUUUUGAAUGGGGGCAGGUUCCACUGCAGAGUUCAAUAUUUUGCAAAGAAGGCUACAGUGGCAUUAAUAAAAAAAAUAAAAAAAAAAAGAGGGAGACAAAGUAUUUUUUAUUAGUGGUUUUUACUUGAGCAUUUGUAUGCUUGUUCCAUGAACAUUUUUCUGUUUGAUUUUUAAGAGGGAUCACUGCGUUUAUGGAUCUCUAGCCCAAAACAAUUUGUCAGAUGUAAAAAUAAUGGAUAGCUAAAUUCUAUUAAAAACAAUUAUGUAAAGUCUAUUAGUAAUUUAGAUAUCAUGACAUUUUGUUGAAAAUCCAGUAACUUGGGUAGAGUUACUUAUGGUGAUUAAGUGCUUAGUGUAGUAAGUUGUAUAAAUAGCUUUAUAAGCCAAGCAUGUUUGUGGCGGCGACACUGGCAGCAUUUUAAUCUUCUGCAUUCCUUGAAGUGCAUGUAUCCGUAAAAUAAAGGCAAAUUACCUUGAAGAAGCCAGAACACCUAAAUAACUGGACUAGAUGUUGUCUUUACAAGUAUCAGCCUUGUCAUCUUUAAUUUGACUAAAGAGUUUCAAU